AUGGUUUCGUUCGUCUUGGUAGAGGCGGAGUCUCAAGAUGUCCUUAUGAACCUCAUUCAAUAUCUGACUGGGAACUCUUUGAAGUUCACUGUGGCUACAGAUAUUCGCAGACUUUUCUCACGAACAUAUCUGGAUAUUGAUAGCAGUUGUGCCGGUGAUGUAUCAUCCUCGACCGGACAUGCUAAUCUUCAUCAGAGAAGCGAUCUCAACAUCUCCUCUGGUGUUCCGUCUCAGUUCGGUGGUGUAGUGCCGAAUUUGUUUGGUAUGAUGCCGAAGACCGAGCCAGAAACUUCAUUCGCCAAUCGUUGGUUAUCAUCAAUGCAAAAUGGUUCCCACGAAAUGACGAAUGCAGAACUGUUAUGCGAUACAUCGCCGUACAUAGAUACUUAUCCAUCUGUAAAUACGAAUUCCCUCGAAUCACGAGCUCAUCAGAUUUUCGCCACCGGCACUAAUCAACAGCGUGGACACAAGCGUUCAUGGCAUGGUGGCCACCACAAUAGCAAUACGCAUUUGCUGCCAAACUCAAGCAUGACCGUCGCAAAAACUGAAGAACCUGAGAAAAAAGAGAAAAUGCGUGAGGUCGCAUGUCAGCUCUGUGGAAAACGGAUAACAAUGCGCCGCUGCAAUCUUCGCCACCAUGCCGCUGUAGUUCAUUCAGGAAUUGAAAGGUAUGCUUGUCGAUGUGGUUAUACGACUGUUCAUCGUAAUACGAUCAUCCGUCACAUGCUGAAACAUUCCGCUGUCGAAGGCGAGAAAGAAUACGAGUUCACGGAUAUGCUAACGCCAGCCGAAGCAGAGCAAAUCGAAAGGCUUGCGGAAGAGUGCUUCCGAGAGUACCGCAUUGUACCGCGAAGUACUGAAGAGGCAGACGAAACUGUGCGUUCUAUGGAGACCAGCGGCGUCGAAGGUCAUACUGAGGAAGUGGGCACUAAUGGUCUUGAGCUGAACGCUCAUGAUCAGGAACUAGAUACUCACGAUCAAGAGCUGGGCACUCAAGGACAAUAG